AAGGAAACAGGGGAAUCCAUCCAUGAGAUGCAUCACUGUCAUUAAAAGCAGACACAACUGCAUGUACCUUUUCUAAUGCAACAGUACCUUCAAAUUAUGAAAGUUAAAGCUGCAUCUCACAUGUGUGAUUCCAACUUUCAAGACCAAUCACUGGUUGGUUGGUGCUCAUUUUCAAGCUAAGCACCUAACCAUAUAUAACCCCUCACCAAAAUCUUUCCCUCUACCCUUUGCUUUCCUUUGCUUAGCAAGCAUUGAUUAUGAACUAAGCAAAGCUUCUUCUUUCAGAUGCAUUAGCGGUAGGAAUGAACCCACGUGAGUCAGCCCGUCAUGUUCAAGUGGGUUGUUAAUUGUGAGCAGUGCUUCAAAUUUCCACAAUGGCAACUACAUAUUUCCCACUGAGGUGGGAGAGCACUGGGGAUCAGUGGUGGUAUGCAUCCCCAAUAGAUUGUGCUGCCGCAAAUGGACAUUAUGACUUGGUUCGUGAGCUGCUUAAAAUCGACAACAACCACCUCUUCAAGCUCACUUCAUUGCGCAGAAUUCGCCGCCUUGAAGUUGUGUGGGACGAUGAAGAACAGUUUAGUGAUGUUGCAAAGUGCCGUUCACAGGUUGCACAUAAGUUGCUUCUUGAGUGUGAGUCAAAGAGAGGGAAGAACAAGAACUCUCUCAUCCGUGCUGGGUAUGGAGGGUGGUUAAUGUACACCGCUGCAUCUGCUGGGGACUUGACUUUUGUGCAACAACUUCUUGAGAGGAACCCUUUGUUGGUGUUCGGAGAGGGGGAGUAUAAUGUCACUGAUAUCUUUUAUGCUGCUUCCAGGGGCAAGAAUUGUGAGGUUUUUAGGCAGAUUUUCGACUUUGCAGUUUCUCCAAGGUUUGUCACAGGUAAAGGUGGGGUUUUGGAGGAGCAUGUUGGGGAUAUUCCUCCUGUUUACAAGUGGGAGAUGAGCAAUAGGGCUGUCCAUGCGGCUGCUAGAGGGGGUAGUGUGGAUAUUUUGGAGGAGUUUCUUGCUAAUUGCUCUGAUGUGUUGGGUUAUAGAGAUGCUCAGGGCUCUACUAUAUUGCAUUCUGCUGCAGGCAGAGGGCAGGUUGAGGUGGUUAAGUAUCUCACAUCAUCCUUUGACAUAAUAAACUCCACAGACCAUCAGGGAAACUCUGCUUUGAAUGUGGCUGCUUACAGGGGCCAAUUAGCUGCAGUUGAGGCUCUAGUUUCCGCAUGUCCUGCGUUGGUUUCUACGAGAAACAAUGGGGGAGACACUUUCCUCCAUAAAGCUGUGUCUGGUUUUCAGUCUACCUCAUUCAGAAGGUUGGACAGACAGGUUGAACUUUUGAGGCAGUUAGUAAGUUGCAAAAAAUUUCACAUAGAGGAAGUCAUCAAUGUAAAGAACACUGAUGGAAGAACUGCACUCCACAUUGGCACAAUGGGUAAAAUCCACAUCGAUCUUGUUAAGCUCCUGAUGACUGCUCCAUCAGUGAAUGUGAAUGUGAGUGAUUGUAAUGGCAUGACCCCACUUGAUUACCUUAAGCAAAGUCCAAACACAGCAGCAUCAAAUAUACUGAUCAGGAAGUUGGUUGCAGCUGGGGGAACGUUCCACAAUCAAAGCUAUAAUUCAAGAAAAGCCGCAGCUUCACACAUGAAAAUGCAUAGUAUUGGAGGCAGUCCAGGAACAUCUUUCAGAAUAUCUGACACUCAAAUGUUCUUGUACACAGGAAUUGAGAAUGCAUCAGAUGCUAGUACGGAUCAGGGAAGUGUAGGAAUGAGUUCAUCUUCAUCAGACCAUACUGCAUAUGACUCAGCAGCAGAGAACAGACCUUCAACAACAAGCAUAAGGCCAUCGGUGGCUGCCGGGUUGAAACGAGUCCUUCAGUGGCCACUGGUGAAGGAUAAGAAAGAUGAGGGGAUAAGGAAAUCAAUGGAUGAGGGUUCAGUGGACUCAUGCAGGAAAUGGGACACCACAGAUGAAAUUCCAACUCCACUAAGACAAAAGUUCUUCAGGCAUUCAACACUUCAGAACAACAAAAGGAACCUAUCUGUAAGGAGCUACCAGUCAAGUCCAAAUGCUAAGAAGAGAUUUGCUUCAGGACUGGUACAUGUGAAGGUUUCAAGAAGAUCAAGCUCUAGCUCAUUUUCUAUAUCAUCAUUGUCAUCCCCUAGAUCCAUAGAUAAGCAAAAGGGUUUUUGUCUUGACAAUGAUGUUGCUGGACCGUCUUGCACAAGUCACCAAAAUGAUAAAUCAACAAUUUCAGGGAAGAGAGCUUCUGUCAGCAAAAAGCUAAGGGGCCAUUAUUUCUGUUUUUCAAAAGCCUCAGUUGUCAGGGAGCAAGAAAGCCAUUGUUACAAGGACCAUGACGUUUUUGUGAGUGGCCUAAUUGGAUGAAAUAGGCUUAUUUCUGAACUGGUUAUCGUCAAUUACAGAAGAUGAAAACGUCCUUCUUAAAGAUACCAGGGCUUCUAAUGCAAUAAUUGUUUGCAGGUUUUAUAGACAGUACUAUGUGAUGAAUUACUUGUUAAAAUAUGCUUCAUGGGAUCAAAUCAACAAGGUUUGGUGUGUACAGUGAGAAUUUGUAUUUCACAUAAAAUGUGCUUAUUUUGCAUGUGCAAAAACAAGGUGAAGGUUUAUGAGAAUAACUAUUGAAUCA